AUGGCACAAAGGCUCAACUUAGGUGAAUCCACUCUACAAAUCAGAGAUUCAAAGCUACAGCUUCGUUUGACCGCAUCGGCUCAUUUCAGCCAACCACCAAGCCAUAGAACUCCCCAAAUACCGAUUGAACUUCUACACUUGUCAAAUAUUCGCAGCGUGUGGAUAACGGAAGCACCAGAGCUGGAGUUGCGCUUCUCCAUUGGAGGAGAUUGGGAUCGAAAUGAAGCAGGAGCAUUCGUAUCAAAACUGAGAGGCAACCUCUGUGACAUGGAGAUCUGGUCGGACGUGGGAUUCUCAGUUGAGCCGAAGACGAGUGCACGUGAAUGUUGCGUCGACCCUUCUGGCUUUCACUGCCUCGAAUUUGGUCUGCGCAGAGAGUGUAAGAUGCGGAACCACACAACGGGUCGGACUUUACCCAGCUCGAUGGCCAAUCCCCCAGAUGCGUGUCCUCCCACUGGUGUACCAAUAGCAACAUUGGCUUCAAUUCACAUUCGGCUGGAGUAUAUUCUCCAACCCAAGAUUGUAUCGUCAGUCCGGGAAUACUCCAAAUUGGACAUUGGUUGUCUUAGACGAGAAUCAUCCGCUUCACAGGCCCCCCGGCUUCUGGGGGCAAUGCCAGGUGUCUCAAUUCCACAACAUGAGUGUCCUUCGGAAACUCCAGGAUCACAAAAUCGCAUGUUUGGAGAUAGAUCAUAUUCAUCCCACGAGGAGCUCCACCGGUUGUUCGGCGUGGGAAUUGAACAUCUGGUCACUUCCAACUUGGUCAAAGAUACUACAAUUCGUGUCUCAUCACGACAGAUCAUGAUCAAAAGCCUCGUAGAUUUCUCUCCCGCAGUGUUCGAUCCUAGAUAUCGGGAUGCGAUGAACCAGCGAGGAGUGACAAUCCCAAUCAUUACGAAAGCCAUAUCGUCUAUGCUGGCAGGGAAAAAUGAUCCAUCCAUCAAAGCUAAAUUAUCACAUUUGUUAGAGCGCUCUCGCUCUCGCCACAUCGAUGACACGAUAAUACAACCUGAAGCUCUAAGUUGCAAAGCCGCGGUACUCUCAUCACUUUGGCGUAUCGCCCAGACAACCAUGCCCAGGAUAAAGCCAAUCAAAAGGGGAGCUUCGAUGGUCUCCACAGAGCGUCUAUCAAAGGGACCGGUUGUGCCAGACGAGGCCGUGCGUCACAUUUCUAAGGAUCAACUACAGCGUGAGAGCAGAAAAUCGGGACUUCUAUGUUCUACUCAAACAUUGAUUUGCGACGAAAACGAGGAAAGUGACGUAUGCCUACUGAAUAGCGAGUCCGAUGAGCAGCUUUUGGACAAUCUUAGCGACACAGGCUUCUCAGACAUCGGAGAAUCAACUCAAACAUCGAUUCAUACAUCAUUCUCAACAAUUGGGUCUUCACAGACUUCAUAUGACGAUCAUGAUAGUAUGCUUCUUUCGGAUCAUGACGAAUUGGUAGAUGAUCUGGGAAACCAUAUGAUAGAUCAUGAUCCUCUGGAAAGUAUGGAGGCAUACGAUGUGGAUAUCAUAAUGGCUCAUGACCUUUAG